AUGCCGAAUGAAAAUUCCACAGCAGAGGGAAGCAGGAGCAUGAAUGCUGAUGGAAGUCCCUUAGAUGUUGGGAAAUCUCAAGACUCACGGGUCCAGCACGGUAAAAAAGAAGGCCUUCCGGGAGCCUACGCUCCUGGCUCACCCGAGAGUCAGCCACUACUUAAUGGAGAUCGCGCGCGGGCGUCGCAUAGAUCGAUCGGCCAAAAUGCUGCAGAAGGUAAUUUGGUGGAAGAAGUGGAGAGUUUGCAGGGACGGAUGUACAAAACACGCCAGAGGUAUCACAUCUUUGUGCAAGAUUCCAAAAUAGUGCUGAACACACUCAUCGGCAUCAAUUUGGUAUGGCUUGUAACCACCUUCAUUGUCGACUUUUUCUUCAACAUUGGUCUGUUGCACUUUAGCAACAGACUCACAAGUUUCAAUGAUUUGUGUUUGAUUUUUAUAUCCAUUGUGGCGAAUACGUUGAAUCUAUGGUCUAAUAAGGUGGGCUUGUAUUCUAGGCUCGAUCAGGGCCUCAACAUCGUCCUUUGUCUGAUGACUUUAUUCAAUCUGUUCUUGACCCUCAUUAUUAGCUACACGAGAAGAAGAAUAGGUUUUAUUGGAGCGUUCACAUACUUGUGGGCUUCUCUAACAUUUUUUGCUGGAGCUGUCUUGGACUGGUACUUGUAUUAUUAUUUCAAGGAAUUCAACGCCUCUAGCGAGGAUUACGACGAGACGCCAACUUCUGAAGGCAACUCCAGACACACCAUCAAGGAAUGGGUAUCUAUUGGCGUCAGAAAUUCUGUGAAAUGCCUCAUAUUCGUGUUUUACGUUUUUUUCACGUUAAACACCCUUCUUUUCACAAUUGAUGUUGGCAGUCUUACUCGUGGAGUGAAAGACGUCACCACGGAGGCGUCGGCGUCUUACGAUGCAUUUCAUUGGGUAGACAAGGAACACACGUACCAAUUGCAUAUUACAUGUUAUGGUGAUCUCUUCGCUAAAGAAAAGGAUGCGCAGCCUAUUGUGCUCUUUGAUCAUGGCAGCCUUGAUACUGCCUUCCUUUCGGCUACCUGGAUUCAAGAGCUUUACCAUCUGAAUAGGGUUGACCGGUACUGUACUUACGAAAGACCAGGAUACGGUCUUUCUGAUUCGGCUCCUGCUCCAGUAUCAAUUGCAAUGGUCGCUGAUGCCUUGACUUACGCUUUAGUUGAGGAUGCCAAAAUAAAAGGGCCUUUCAGUGUUGUUGGAUACGACAUAGGUGGAUUAUAUGCUCAAGUCUUUACGGCCAAAAACCUCGACAAGGUAGAGUCUAUGCUUCUUGUAGAGUCGUGGCAUGAAGACAUUUUGUUAAAGAACUAUCUACAAAGACUUCUUCCUCCUGACAAGGAUAACAAGGAUCCAGACGAUGUCAGCAAUUUGCCCGUGGAAAUUAAGAGACACAACGGUUUCAAAUUAUGGUGGCAAGGAAUUUGGUCUACUUUAGGUAUUAAGCUUCAAACCUCUUGGCUCUUAGCACACCAUGGCUCCAAGGAGAGGCUUUUUGGACGCGAUUUACAGUAUCAGGGCAAGUUUAUCAGAUCCAAGUUUUUAGAGAGCGUCACCAGCUCUUUAUUGAGCUACAAGGAUGUUCUGAACGGCAAAGAAAAGCUUCGUGACAUUAAACUAAGUGUUGCAAGUUCUAAUCAAUUGAUCAAAAAGUCUCCGCAAUGGGGAAACUGGCAGAGAGAUUUAACAAAAUUAUCAGCCAAGACCCAAGAAUGGAAAAUUUUGAAUGGUGGACAUGAAGUCUACAAAUAUGGAAGCGCCAGAAAGGAGCUUCAGGAUGUUCUACUGAGAUUAUUGGGUGAUAAGGACAGGUAUUAA